AUGGCAACAUUGCGACCGGUCGGUGCCUGGAGGAUGUUUGUACAGGCAUUAGCCUGCUGCCAGGGGUUUUCCACCCAAAGCACAAACGACAGCCGCUACGAAGAUGAAUGGAACACUAAGCAGAGAAUUUACUGGACUUGCUUCAAGUCUGAGUUAGAACUUCGACUGGAGCUAAACCUUCAAAAGAACGUCUUGGAUCUCAGCUACCCAACAUUCUUUCCUUCACCACCCGACGGGCUGAAAAUUAAAGACGAGGCAGCAUGGUACUUCUACCUGGCUGAGAUUGCCUUGCGCAGAUUGGAAAAUCGCAUCUUGGGAUACCUCUAUCGACCCGACACGGCAAUCUCAGAAUCGACCAUGGUAUAUGCAAUCCUUGAUUUUGAGGAGCAGAAAGAUGCAUGGUUCCGCUCUCUGCCUGAAGCCUUAGCUCUCGAUGCUGAAACUCCAACAAACACAGACCAAUACGAGCCUUUUCGAUUUAUCCUCCGUGGACACUUCCUGGACUGUCAAGAGACAAUGUACUGGCACUUUCUAGUGGAGGCAAUCUAUGGCCGUGUUCAUGCAAGCAGUGAUGCUUUUCUUCGGAAGGGGCUGAAGGUCUGCGUGGACAGAAUCCAGCAGAAUCAGAUAGGCUUCUACCACCGUCACCAUGGAACAUGGCUUAUGCUCCGGUCGUGUACACGAAGCGCACUGGUUCUCCUUGCUGCUGAGCGGUGUACAAAUCUUGUGCAUCUGUUGCCUCUAGGCUGGGAAGAGACGAUUUUUGAUGUGGCUAAGAUGCUGAAGUUUUGGAAGGACGAGUCGAGUGACGUACAUGAGAUGUUGGACAUUUUGCAAACGCUCAUGAAUGCUAGAGCCUCGUAG